CUUUCAUGCUGUUCACACGUGAUAACUAUUGGAGUUUCUGGAGUGUGAACCAAAAUGUCACUUUUUGUUAUCAACAGGUACCUCGGGGAUGAAGCUGAAUCUUCUGAGGAUCGAUCCAGAGCUCUGCUUGAGAAGUUGCGUGAACAGGCCAAGACUCGCCAGUUAGAGAAACAGGAAAGUGAAAAAUAUAAACCCACUCAUGGAACAGAUAAAAAGGACUUUCCUAUACCUAGUGAUGAAGAGGUAGAGAAAGAGAAACAGAAGAAAUCUAAGAAAAGAAAGAAAAAGCAGAACAAAGAGCAGAGAGAAGAAGUAGAAAGUUCUAGUUCAGAGUGUGAACAGAAAGGUGAAAGUUUUCCCUCUGCAGGGAAGAAGAAAAAAAAGACAAAUAAGCUGGAAGAAGAGCAGGAGGGGAACAAUGAAGAUACAACAAAGAGUGACAAUAGCAGGGAGGAUAACGGGUGCGGAGAAGAGAAAGUGGACCCAGAUUCCAUAAUCCUUGGAGGCUUUGAGUCUAAAUCUAUACAGAAGGUUAUGCCAGUUCUUCCUCAGUGGUUGGCAAAACCUAAUCUAGUGCACAAAGACAUCAAACAGAACUUAGUACCCAUACAGGAUGUUCCUGGAUUGCACCCAAAAAUCUUGAAGAAACUUGAGGCUAACAAAGUGAAAUCUUUCUUUCCAGUUCAAGCUGAGGUAAUUCCAGCCAUACUAGAAAGCACCUGUCAUGGAUUUCUGUUGGGGAGAGGUGGAUACCGACCCAGUGAUAUGUGUGUGUCUGCACCUACUGGCAGCGGGAAGACUCUGGCUUUCGUUAUUCCAAUAGUGCAGGCUUUGCUACAUCGUGUAAUAUGUGAGGUUAGAGUACUAGUCGUGUUACCCACCAAGGAGCUGGCACAGCAGGUCUGUAAGGUGUUCAACACGUAUGUGGAUGGUACAGGACUCAAAGUUGUAAUGCUGACAGGACAGAAAUCUUUCCCUAAAGAACAGGAGACAUUAGUGCAGAGAACAGCCUCUGGAUUCUGCAGCUUAGCUGAUAUCCUUGUGUCCACCCCAGGACGGCUUGUAGAUCACAUCCAGGAAACAGAGGGCUUUAGUCUAAGGCACCUUCGCUUCUUGGUGAUUGAUGAAGCUGAUCGUAUGAUUGACAGCAUGAAUCAAGACUGGUUGCACCAUGUCACUAAAGCCGUGUUCCAGGUGAACGACAGUGCGCCCAACAUACUAUUCUCCAGGAAGGAGCCUGGAACACUGACUGCUGCCAGCUCAUACCUUCCCCAGAUUCCUCUACAGAAGCUGCUCUUUUCAGCUACUCUAACACAGAACCCAGAGAAGCUUCAGAAGCUGGGCUUGUACCAGCCACGGCUCUUCACUUCCACCCACAAGGGGACCCCGAUUGACUCUGCUGAUAGCCACUCCAACACCAACAAUCUGGCCAUCUACUCCCUUCCAGAAGGGCUCACGCAUUAUUACGUGCCCUGUAAUCUAAACUCAAAACCGCUGAUACUUCUAUACUUUCUGCUCAUCCUGCGCUUCACCAGAGUUCUCUGCUUCACCAACUCCAGAGAGGCCUCGCACCGGUUGUUCCUGCUGUUUCGAAGCUUUGGAGGGAUCAGUGUUGCUGAAUUUUCUUCCCGUUUAAGUCCUGGUGAGAGGAAAAAGACUCUAAAGGAGUUUGAGCAGGGAAAGCUACAGAUAUUGAUCAGCACAGAUGCAACAGCAAGAGGGAUUGACAUCAAAGGUGUAAAGUGUGUGAUAAAUUAUGAUGCUCCACAGUUUAUCCGAACCUAUAUUCACAGGGUAGGAAGAACAGCUCGUGCAGGAAAUGUUGGAUCUGCAUUCACAAUGCUUUUGCAAGUCCAGGAACAACGCUAUUUCAGUAUGAUGCGAGAUGCUGGCGCACCAGAGAUGAAGAGGCAGCUGGUGAAGCAUGAGAACCUUAAGCAGUUUGUGGAGAGAUACAAGGAGGCCCUGACUAUGCUAGAGAAAGCUGUUAAGGAUGAGCGAGCAAAGAAGAGAUCCUAAAAUUGACCGAACCUUGCCAAUCCGAUAGAAGAAUUCUCCUUGCAGAAUGUGUGCCACUAGCGUGUGCUGAGCAUACAAAUCCAUGUCUUUUAGGCACGUGUGCGCUGAUAGUAUUGUCAGAGAGAAGGGAUGUCACCAUAUCCAUAAGCUUGUGAACAAAACCUAUAGACCUUCAGACUGUCAUCACCAGCAUGGGACUGCGGGCAAUGGUGAACAUCAUUUAUGCACAGGUGCUUUUUGGCCCUUGAAUGAUCAGUACAUUUGGAAAUAUCUUUUUUUGUUAAAGGGACACUAAAGCCAAAAUGAAGCUUUCUGAAUCAUAUAGAGAAUGCAAUUAUCAGACUUAUGUUGACAGACGACCACUCCUCAGCUGUUCUGCAAUUUCGGUUUCGCAUUCUUGAAACUUCUUUACCCAACGCAUAACAUUGCUUAUGUCUACUACAACGUCCCCAUAACACCUCUUCAGCCAAUUAUGGAUUUCCUUAGAUGCGCAACCCUCUUUCGUAAGAAAUUCAACAACCGCUCUUUGUGUGAGCCUUGGAUCCAUGGUUGUAUUCACUCAAUCUGAAAACCAAAAACAUACAUUAGUAGGGUAAGGACACCACUAUAACAUCAUACAUGAACAUUUACAGUCACUCUAAUAGAUAAAAAAUUACAGACGUAGAGGCAUUACGUUUUGAUUCAUCCUCGUAUACUUUUUCUCUUUCUGUGAUUUCGCUUAGGUUGUCACAUUUGGCAGGAAAAAAUAUACUGCUCAAUUGAAAUUCAUAGUAA